AUGGGCUCGCCCUCUAUCCUUGGGUAUCAAUCCAGAUCUAUCAGCCUCCGGUUCAGGUUGCGGCGGCUAGCACGGCGGCUUGCUCGCGGUUUCCUGGUUUUCCUAGUUGUCUGGUCCCUACUCUGCUACACACAACCUAAGCCGUUCAAGGAUCACAUCUACUGGAGAGUCAGUGAAGGUGUCCUCUACGCUCGUCACGUCACACAGUACGACUUCAGACCAACGUUAUUCGAACAGCAGUGUUUCGAUGGCACAGCCGCUCGCAUUAAUGAACACGACCUGAGUGACUCAAUACCAGAGAAAGUCCACUUCAUUUGGGCUGCAAACAGUGAAAUACCAUUCAAGGUGUACCUUGCUAUUCGAGCUGCUUUGAUCUCGACUGGAAUUAAUUCCAUUCAUCUGCACCACAAUAUACCGCUCAAUGAAGAUAACCAAUGGUUCCAAUUGUUGCAACCAAACCUUACUCUCGUCCAUUUCGAGAACUCCGAUUAUCUCAAGGAGGUCGCCGCAUAUCAUCCCGAGACAUGGGACGUGUCUCACCAGGUUGAUGUCAUGAGGCUUCAUGUCCUGCAUACUGAAGGCGGUAUCUAUCUCGAUUCAGAUGCGUACAUCCUCAGGCCACUUCAGAAUCUCUUCCUCGGAACACGCGACGUUUACAUGGGCUAUGAGGCCGGGAACAGAUGGGGUCUCUGCAAUGGAGUGAUCAUGGCUAAAGCUGGGGCUCCUUUCAUCAAGCAGUGGCUGGACGAGUACGCCAACCUCGAUGAUAGUGAUUGGAACUAUCACUCCGUCCACCUCCCAAAGGUGCUUGCUGAGAGACACCCCGGGGACAUAUGUGUGCUCAGCCCCAGUGCUUUCUUCUGGCCGAUGUGGACCAAGUCUGCGGUGGCCUGGAUGCAUGAGCCGUUGGACAAGCAGGAAGCGACAAGAGUGGAAGGGCAGAUAGAAAGGAGCGGAGGGUCGUUAUUCGAGGACCAGCUGAUUUAUCAUGCCUGGGCCCAUGCGGCUGAAAAGUACUUGGACAGACUGUCGCCGGAAGUAAUUCAAGAAAAAGACACUCGAUUCAACAUUCUCAUGAGAAGAUUCAUACAAUGA